AAGAGAACUCACUGCUGCUCUGACUGUGGGAAGAGAUUCACCUCAUCAGGCAUUAAAAUUCAUCAGAAAAUACACACAGGAGAGAAACCUUAUAGCUGUGAUCAAUGUGGGAUUAGUUUUGGUCAAUCUGGCAAGCUGACAGUGCACCAGAGAAUACACACAGGAGAGAAAUCUUAUAACUGUGAUCAAUGUGGGAAGCGUUUUGGUCAAUCUGUAGAGCUGACAGUUCACCAGAGAACACACACAGGAGAGAAAUCUUAUAUCUGUGAUCAAUGUGGGAAGAGUUUUACUACAUCUGGCCAUCUGACACUACACCAGAGAAUACACACAGGAGAGAAACCUUUUUUCUGUGAUCAAUGUGGGAAGCAUUUUUGUCAAUCUGGACAGCUGACAGUGCACCAGAGAACACACACAGGAGAGAAACCUUAUAGCUGUCAUCAAUGUGGGAAGAGUUUUACUACAUCUUACCAUCUGACACUACACCAGAGAACACACACUGGAGAGAAAUCUUAUAGCUGUGGUCAAUGUGGGAAGAGUUUUGGUCGAUCUGUCUAUCUGGUAUCACACCAGAGAACACACACAGGAGAGAAAUCUUAUAGCUGUGAUCAAUGUGGGAAGAGUUUUACUACAUCUGGCUCUCUGACUCUACACCAGAGAAUACACACAGGAGAGAAACCUUAUAGCUGUGGUCAAUGUGGGAAGAGUUUUGCUGCAUCUGGCUCUCUGACUCUACACCAGAGAAUACACACAGGAGAGAAACCUUAUCGCUGUGAUCAAUGUGGGAAGAGUUUUAUAACAUCUGGCUCUCUGACUGUACACCAGAGAACACACACAGGAGAGAAACCUUAUAGCUGUGGUCAAUGUGGGAAGAGUUUUGGUCACUCUGGCUCUCUGACUCUACACCAGAGAACACACACAGGAGAGAAACCUUAUAGCUGUGAUCAGUGUGACAAGAGAUUCACCGAUAAAAGACAUCUGAUCAAACACCUGAGAAUUCACACUGGAGAGAAACCUUACAGCUGUGAUCAAUGUGGGAAGAGUUUUACUACAUUUAGCUAUCUGAUUAUACACCAGAGAACACAUACAGGAGAGAAACCAUACAGCUGUACUGAAUGUGGGAAGAGUUUUACUCAGUCAAGCAACCUGUUAUCACACCAGAGGAUACACACAGGAGAGAAAUCUUUUAGUUGUAAUCAAUGUGUGAAAAGUUUUAUUACAUCUCGUGACCUGACUGUACACCAGAGAACACACACUGGAGAGAAACCUUAUAGUUGUGAUCAAUGUGGGAAGACUUAUAUUUCAUCUUGCCAUCUGACUAGACACCAGCGAGUACACACAGGAGAGAAACCUUAUAGCUGUAAUCAAUGUGGGAAGAGUUUUACUCGGCCAGACAACCUGAUAUUACACCAGAGAACACACACAGGAGAGAAACCUUAUAGCUGUGAUCAAUGUGGGAAGAGUUUUACUACAUCUGGCUCUCUGACUCUACACCUGAGAACACACACAGGAGAGAAACCUUAUAGUUGUGGUCAAUGUGGGAAG